AUGCCCAAUACACUGUGCGCCCUUGAUGAUUUCACCCUGCAGACCUCUUCUCACCUCUCCCAGCAGACUCGAUCAGGCCGGGUGUACUCUGCGUGCAAGCAGGUGGUGGUUAUGGCGCUGCAGCUUCCCUCCAUGAUUCUGGAGGCCAUGAAGGCUGAGGCCGCCCUUGACCAAGACUUUGAGUCUGAGGCCCUGGAGUCCCACAGUCCUCCUUCUUUGGUGGAUUUGACACCAUCCCCGUCACCUGAAGUUGGCGGCCCUCUUCCCUUUGCCACAUCUUCAUUCGACGACGACAAAGCGCCACUUUCUUCUUCAAAGAAGCGCAAGAGGCCCUCUGGCAGGCAUUUAAGCCGUCAUAUUCGUGCCAUGCGACGCGAAGAUUACUAUGACACCCAUGGUCACCAACCUGGCCCUAAAAAGUUGAAGAAACUGGUGGAAAAGGUGGAGGUUGAAGACGCCGUUAUCGAGUUGAAGGAACUGCCCUCCACGAUGGGGGGAUACGAGGCCAAGAGGGAGGAUGAGUGGGAGGACAAGGUGUAUACCCUAGAGGAGGUAAAAGGGUUCGGCCUUGAUGUGUACCAAUGGGAUGGCAGGCGGCCGGUUGCCUUUGUGGCCCCAAACAAGCAAAUCUUUAUGGUGCUGGCCGGACGACCGGACGACCCCCAAUACGAUGCUGCCACAGAACGGGUCUAUGAGGCCAUCACCCGGGACGCCCGUCCCAUUCAGUUUGGUUCGAAAUAUCUACUCCAUCGACGUGGGGAUUAUCCAACCCUUGACGCUGGGGUUUCUCGUGGGCAGGGAUUACCCAGACCUGUGUCUUUGGACUGCAGACCCCAUGAAGACUUUGUGGCAGGACUAUUUGCAAAUCCGGAUCUUCAACGAAUGGCGGCCUACGCCAGCUCCGCUUUUGCCACAUGGGCCCCCCGAACCUACAAUUACUACAAACGCCAUCUAGACAAACUUUUUACGCGCAUGCCCCACCUUCCGAGGAUCUUCCCGAAGUGCAUUUUUCCUGCUAUGUCUACCAACAUCUCCAAGGCUCAAACCGUUAGACAUCGGGACCUCAAGAACUGCCCUUUCGGAUGGUGCGCUGUUCAAUCUUUAGGACGUUUUGAUCCGAAGCAGGGGGGGCAUCUUGUCGUUUGGGAAAUUGGUUUGGCUAUCGAAUUUCCUCCAGGAUCCACCAUCCUUCUUCCAUCUGCAACCCUCAGUCACUCAAAUACCAAGAUCGCUGAAAAUGAGGAGCGAACAUCUUUAACAUAUUACUGCCAUGGUGGCCUCUUUCAAUGGGUGGACUAUGAUUUUCAGACGGAACAAGACUUGAGGACCAACAACCCAAUGUUGUUUGAGAAGAUUUGGAGAGAUCGCCCUAAGAGAUGGGCUCUGGGGCUUAGCUUGUUUAGCACAAUGGAAGAAUUGCGUUCUGGAUCAUUUGACACAUUUGACGCGUAA